UUCAAAGUCCUCUUUUUUUUUUACUAUUGGACAUAUCUAAUUUGGUUCCAAUUAAGCUAGAUUAUUCCAAUUUCAAACUCUGGCAGUACCAAGUUACUACAACAUUAUGUGCUUAUGACUUUCUAGCGAUCAUUGACGGUUUGAAUUCGUGUCCUGGUAGGUGUUUAUGUAAAGAAUCUGGUGACUUAAUAGAGAAUUUAAACCCAAUUUUUUUUUUUUAUCAAUGGAGGAUUACAGAUCAAGCGCUGAUUACCCUAGAUUCUAUUGAUUCUUAUCUUCAAUGUAUUAAGCCUAUUCGAGACAGACUUACCGCCAUUUCAAUCUAUGUUGAUAAUGAAGAACUUCUACAUAUCGCUAUAAAUGGUCUUUCGAAUGAAUAUAAUGCCUUUCACUUAGCAAUAUAAGAACUUGAAAUGAACCUCCAUCAUUUGAGGAUCCGCAUGUUCUUCUUUUUUCGAUACAUCGGAAGAUGGUCCACAUGUUCUUCUACAUGCUGAAGAAUUGUCGCUCAAGGAAUCAUCUGAUUCAGUUGGACCAAUGGACUUUGUUGCUACUUCUAGUAAUUCAUUCAAGACAACAUGUUACUUCUUAGCAUCAUUACAUACAACAAUCAUUCAUUUAAGAUUUAGCUCAUUAUUUAGAAACGGAAGGUUUGCCACUACUCCUUUUUCCAAUUGAGGUGGAGGAUCACAACAGUACAAAUCACCUUCUUCUUUUCAAGAUUUCAGCAGGCCUAUUUGUCAGAUCUAUGACAAAUUGGUCACAUUGCCUUGGACUAUUAUUAUCGCAUGAAUUAUGCCUAUCAAGGCAUGACACGUCCUUCUAAAUUGGCUGCCAUGUCUGAUCUCUCUCUCAGUCAUGAGUUUCAAGGCAACGAUACGGUUCUAUUUGCAAUGAUCAAGGCUCACUUAUCUCUCAUUAGGGACAAACACCUGGAGAGAGUCCUCUACAUAUGCUUGAGUAAAGAUGGCCUCUACCCAAUCACAGUCACUGUCAUGGUCUUUCCUUCACCUGAUGCUUCUUCUAUUGCUGCUAAUGUUGGAGCUAGGGUUUCUCAUCCACUUUGGUGUGACAGAACAACCCAUGCUCUUCACUAGAUGCUCAACACUCUUUCUAUUUCUCAGAAGAUCCUUCUUUUUUUGCUUCAGAAUAAUAAGAAAAUUGUUUGUGAACGUUGCUUUAAAUGUAAAAUGUCUCAAUUAUCUUUUCAUACAUCUACUAUAAGAGCUUCUGCUCCUUUAGAUCUAGUUCGUAGUGAUGUUUGGGGAGUUGUUUCUA